CGCUGUGCCUCGAGGAUUAGUUUAAACAGCGGGCUAUAAAAGAUGUAACAGAUGCAAACUGUAACACAAGGGCCAUUAACCCUUUCUCUGCCGCCCAGCACGCCCAGUCCCUACACCCUGCACCUAUUGUCUCCGGUGCCACAAGCUUUGCGGAAAACCUGGAAAUUUUGGCCAGAAAUGGUGAGAAGAAAAAGCAUGAAGAAGCCGCGAAGUGUGGGGGAGAAAAAGGUGGAGGCGAAGAAACAGCUCCCGGAGCAAACUGAACAAAACCUCGCCAAGAGUGUCGGGAGGCAGGACCGUUAUUCCUGCCGAGCAGGGGAGAGAAGAGAGACCCUGAAACACGCGCCACCUAUCUUUGUGGGGAGGGAUAAUUGAAGCGCCCUGAGCGUGAGCAUCAUGUGAAAACGUGAUCGCCAAGUUUCUCUCUGGGAAAGGAUCUGGGAUAGAUUAUACCUUGAAGUCUCCGCAAACGCUUUAGUGGAAGAAAUGAAAUUCCACCUCCCUCCCUUCCUCUCUCCCUCCCUCCCUUCUCCACGCCCCCCCCCCCCCCCCCCCCCCCCCCCCCCCCCCCCCCCCCCCCCGUCAAGCAAGCCUUUGGCAUCAUUAUCCUCAUCACUAAAUCCUGCAGAGUACUGGGCGGAAAACGGUGCACACCAUUCACAGAACUGGAGAACUCCAAGGGGCGAAAGUUAAAGGGAAAGAUCUCGGGUCUUCCAUGCAGAUCUCUUGUCUUAUACAGAUAUCUCUGGUGACUAGGUUUGAGGUGCACGUCAAGUUGUAUGGAUACCUCAAGUACCGUCUUUUGGAACUAAAUUCUUGCCCUUUCUCUUAUUACAUUUUUUUUUUUUAAAGAUGCCAGAGCUAGGGGAGGAAAAUGCUACUUGUAUACUGCAUCUUAGGAUCUCAGUGUGUGUGUGUGUGUGUGUGAGAGAGAGAGAGGGGGGGGUGGAUUUUCUGGAUUGGAUCCCUAUAUUAAAAGUUUGGCAUUUUAAUAAAGGGUCUCUAGGUUAACAUAGAGCUGUACUAUGCUGGCCAAUCUCUGGACCCCUCUACACCUCAUGCAGACCACAUUACAAAGUGAGGGGACAGGGACAAGAGGAAGAAGGAGAAAGGCCAGAGGAACUUAGGACGAAAGAAAGAAGAGGGUGACACUAAACUGUGUGGGGUCUAAGUUUUGAAGUGCAUAUUUUUGAUAUUGCAAUUAAACUAAAAUUAAAAA